ACAAUUAAUUGAUUGAUAUUGUAGCUGCCGUGAGGGUCAUUGAAUAUCCAUUAGCCAAAUCAAACGCUGACUUGCCACCUGAUUGACCCAUAAAUAUGACCGAAAAGUACGACAGCAACGGCGACUAUUCCGCAUAUAAUGAGGACGAUAGCAAUGAGUACGUUGGCGGAGGUGGUGGUGGAAAGCCACGCAAGAGCAUAGGCAGCAGCGGCGGCGCCCACAAUGGCGACAGCAACGUCCACGAUCAUCGCGAUCGCGAUCAUGGCGGCCCCGAGGGUAGCGGCAAUGUGCAGCUGAACGAAAAGGCCAGCGAGUACAUACGCGAUUGCAUGGCCGAGAAGAAUCGCAUGGAUCGCAAGUUUCCCAUUGCCGAGAAGCUUUUGGAAGGCGAGAUUGAAAAGGUGCAGACAACUGGACGCAUUCCGUCGCGGGAACAGAAGUAUGCAGACAUAUAUCGAGAGAAGCCACUGCGCAUAUCGCAGCGGGUGUUGGUGCCCAUACGCGAGCAUCCGAAGUUCAACUUUGUGGGCAAGCUGCUUGGCCCCAAGGGUAACUCAUUGCGUCGCCUGCAGGAGGAAACGCUGUGCAAAAUGACGGUGCUUGGUCGCAACUCGAUGAGGGAUCGUGCCAAGGAAGAGGAGCUACGCWGCUCAAAGGAUCCCAAGUAUGCUCACCUCAACAGCGACCUGCACGUGGAGAUAUCAACGAUUGCGCCACCCGCAGAGGCAUAUGCGCGCAUCGCGUAUGCCAUGGCCGAGCUGCGCAAAUAUCUGAUACCGGAUAGCAACGAUAUUAUACGGCAGGAGCAACUGCGUGAGCUGAUGGAUAGCACUAGCCUAAAUGAUAACGACUCCAAUUCCAAGAGUAACUACAAGAAAAUGACGCAUAUGCAGAACGCCGGCAUUGGCGCUAAUGCCAUGGGGGGUCAGRGUCUGGUAAAUUCAAGUGGUGGCGGUGGUGGUGGCUCCAGUAUGUCGAAAAAUUCGGCUCAUCACAACUACAGGAGCUCGCAGCAAGCGUCGUUUAGCAAAAAUGUCUUGGCGCCCAAACAGAAGGUCAUGUCCAUCCUAGAGAAGGCCAGAACAGCAAUGGAUGAAACUUACGGACGGGGCUAUGACGACGGCAUUUCGUAUGAUCCUCAUCAAUCCUACGACGCCUACAGCUAUGCAUCGCACGGUGGACACGCCCAUGGGCCUCACGGACCGCCCAACAACAUAUUGGGCGGCGUUGGCAAUAUCAGCGGCGUCAGUGGAGGAACUCGUGGCGGUCACUAUGAAACUCAAGAUUAUGAAACGGAUUACUCACGAAGGGAUUACUACCAGCAUUCACCUGGAUACGCAGCUAGCGGCUCAGUAGCGUCAUCAAAUCCAAACAAUGCAACAGGUAUAAAUUCGAACCACAACCGCAGUCAUGUUAACAGGUGAAAUUUGUUGGGUUCGAGAAACGCGAGCAAUGGAGAUGGUGUGAGAAGCAUAAGGAGUGUGACAAGUCCUAUACCGAAAACCCACUAUAUGACCCGAUUCAUUAACAACAGUAGCAACAGGAACCACAAUAACAACAAACGCAACAGCAGCUUUGU